AUGCCUGAAGAACUCAUACAAGAAAUUCAAGCUAGGAUAGAAAAACUGGAAAGAGCCGAGAGUAAUCUGACAGCCAAAGAACGAGAAUUAAGGGAGCGAGAAAUGAAACUGAUAGAAAGGGAGAACACUCUUGAGCAGCAGUUGCUAUCAGUGAGCUUACUUAAAAGAUGUGCCACUGCUCAUCCCUUUUCAAAAGGAAUACACACUCAGAGGACAGUGUUGUCAAGUGAUGUUACAGCAGAAGUCAGUAAGAGUGUUGGACUUAUCCAUAUUAAUGGACAACCAAUUGCGACGGGGUUUCGAGUGGGAGACAAUUUCAUCGCUACCUGUGUACAUGUCAUUGGCAGUGUCAUUAUAAAAGAUAACCCACAUGUCAUUAAUUGUGAUAGAAUUGCCAUUGAGUUUGAGAGAAAAGUAUGCAACAUGAAGGAAGAUCCAGAUAAGAUAUUUCGAUUUCAACCAACUGUUGCAUACAUCGAUGAAGAAUUCCAAUUUGUUGUUUUGGAACUGAGUAUCCAUAGUAAUGGGGUUCCAUUCCCUCCACCGCUGAUAUGUUUUGGAGAUAUCAAAACCUCAGAUGCUAUUCACCUUGUUGGGCAUCCUGGCAGAAAGCAGAUGAUGGAGGAUAGUGAUAUUAUCCCUAAGUGGUCACCAGAUCACGACAAAGAAAUCAACCCAUAUAUUAGGGCACUGGCAGAGUGGAGUAAAGAGUGUCUUCCCAAGUCGAAUGGUGUGAAGAUUGAUUAUUACAGUUUUCUUCUAGCUCCACCCCGAAAAAUCAUAUUCCAUACUUUUUUUAAUGAAGGAUCAUCGGGAUCCCCUGGGGUUACAAUUAGGGAUGAAAAACCAUGUGUGGUCUUAAUGAUAGAAGGAGGCACACCUUAUUCUUUGGACACAAUUCCAAUAUCAGCUUUACUUGUGGAAGACUGGUGUAAAGUGGAGUAUGGAUUUGCCAUGUCCGAUAUAUAUAAAAAAAUGUUGAAUUCUCCACAGAAGAGUCUUGCAUCAAAUAUUUUCAGAGAAAUUAUCUGACUUGAUGUGCAUUGAAUUUUGUCAUCAUGAUAGUCUGUUUUCUACAAGUUGCCAGGAAUAUAAAGAUGAUGUAUGUGAAGUACAUAAAAAAAGUACCUCUACAUUUUGUAAAGAAGAAAAAUUAAUUGCUACUUCGUUUUUAAAAAUG